AUGAAAGCCCCUGAAGGAUCCAACAUACCAAAGGGUUAUGUGUGCAAAUUAAAAAGAUCUUUAUAUGGAUUAAAACAGGCCUCAAGACAAUGGAACCAAGAGUUCACUUCCAAAUUAGAAAGUUAUGGUUUCAUACAGUGUAAGCAUGAUUAUUGUUUGUUUACUAAGCUAACAUCUACAGGUUUUUACUGCUUGUUAGUAUAUGUGGAUGAUGUACUUCUUGCAGGACCAUCUGAACAUACUCUUUCAGAAAUUAAACUAUAUUUAGAUCGCCUUUUUACUAUUAAAGACCUUGGUGAAGCCAGAUUCUUCCUUGGCUUAGAAAUUGCAAGGUCUAACCAAGGGAUCACCAUUACUCAAGCUAAGUACAUAAAGGAUAUUGUAGAUGAUGCUAAACUUGCAUCAGCAAAGGCCACUGAACAAUAUAGGAGACUCUUAGGUAGGCUUCUCUACCUAGGAUUUUCAAGACCUGACAUAUGCUAUGCCAUGCAGCAAUUAAGUCAGUUUAUGCAAUGGCCAUGCAAAGGACAUUGGGAUGCAGCACUCAACAUAGUCAGAUACUUGAAGGGAACAAUGCACAUAGGUUUGUUUUUUGCUGCAGAUUCCAAUUUUGACUUAGUUUCUUUCUGUGAUGCAGAUUGGGCUGCAUGUAAGGACUCAAGGAGAUCCUUAACCGGUUACUGUAUAUUCCUAGGGGAUAGUUUGAUAUCGUGGAAAACCAAAAAGCAAACAACAGUAGCUCGAUCGAGUGCUGAAGCAGAAUAUCGCAGCAUGGGUUCCACUACAUGUGAACUCAUCUGGAUACAUAACUUACUCAAGGAAUUCCAACUUGAGUCUCCUACUCCUAUCCCCUUCUUUUGUGACAACCAAGCGGCUUUAUACAUCGUGGCUAAUCCAGUUUUCCACGAAAGGACUAAACAUUUGGAGAUCGAUUGUCAUUUAGUUCGGGAUAAGUAUAAGCAAGGAUUUUUGCUACCUAAGCACAUACCCUCCAAGAACCAACCGGCUGAUCUGUUUACAAAAGCUUUGCCUGGACCUAAAUUCCUUUCACUCAUAAUCAAGUUGGGACUCAUCAAUGUCUUGACAAGUCCCACUUGA